UUCUCAAGAAGACUGUCAACUUCCUUUCAAUGCAACGCGUUGACAAGUUGAGAGGGAUAGGACGUCUUCUCUGUCAAGUCAGGCAGCCAAAAUUUCUGACAGCAACUUUUGCAUCCCCAGCUAGGUUUUGUUGUAAAAGGAAUUUUGCAAGACACUUCAGCUCUUCAACUCAGGUCAAAAUGUCGUACGGUAUAGUGGAAAGAGGAUGUCCGAAUUCUUUGGAAUAUCGAGUGUUUUUCAAUGGCCCCAGUGGGAAUGUUGUGUCACCAUUCCAUGAUAUCCCUCUCUUUGCCAACACAGAGAAGACAGUGAUGAAUAUGGUGGUGGAGAUUCCUCGCUGGACCAACAGUAAAAUGGAGAUUUGCAAGGAGGAGAAACUGAACCCCAUUAAGCAAGAUGUCAAGAAGGGGGCUUUAAGAUUUGUGAAGAAUGUCUUUCCACACCACGGCUACAUUUGGAAUUAUGGUGCUUUUCCACAGACAUGGGAGGAUCCAAAGCAUGAGACCCCUGAAACCAAAACCCUUGGAGAUAAUGACCCCCUGGAUGUCUGUGAAAUAGGUCAAAAGGUACAUAAACGUGGAGCAGUAGUCCAGGUGAAGGUCCUGGGUGUUAUGUGUCUGAUUGACGAGGGUGAGACAGAUUGGAAGAUAAUUGUCAUCGAUGUGACAGACCCAUUAGCAGCUGAGUUAAACGACAUAGAAGAUGUAGACAAACAUAUGCCUGGCUUCCUCAAGGCAACAUACGAAUGGUUUAGAAUUUACAAGAUCCCUGAUGGCAAACCAGAAAAUCACUUUGCUUUCAAUGGUGAAGCAAAAAAUAAGGAGUAUGCCAUGAAGAUUGUAGGAGAAUGUAAUCAACAGUGGCAAAAAUUAAUUGGCAAAGAAUGUGAUAAUAACGGUUUAUCAUGUGAGAACACAUCUGUGGCCAGCAGUCCAUACAAAAUUUCACCAGAAGAUGCAAAGAAAAUCAUUGACAGUCAACCACAACUAGGAGCCGCAAAACCAUUAGCUGACGAGAUCAACAAAUGGCACUACGUCAAGCUAUAACAACGAUACUUUAUAGAGGAAGCAAUGGAAUCGACCAGAAAGGCUGUAAUUAGUACUUAGACAUAUCAUAAAGUAGUGCUCAAUGGUUAACUCCUAUCUACAAUCUCUUUACUGUGUUUUAUAAUCAAUCUACUGAGGGAAUAUGUGACUGUUGAUCUUGUACCUGUAUUACUUUAUGUUUCCAUAGCAGAUAUAAUUUACAAUAAUUGUAUGAUAAGAUAGCUUUUAUAUCAGAAAUUAUUACAUGUAAUUGUGUAACGUAAUAAUGUUUUUGAUUGAUACUGUGUUAAGAAUUGUGAAAUUAUUUCUCAACAGCAGAUCAUUAUUUAUGGCAAAUGUGGCUUAUGGCUUUGGUUGUAGUAUAUUAUGAGCAAGACUAAGCUCGUUAGAACUUUAAUGAAUCUUGAUUUAGUGCUACUAAUACAUUGAAUUAUGAUCAGCUUUUGAUACCCGGUAUUAUAAAAUUAUUAUGUAUCAUUUAUUGCCUAAAGAAUUAAAUCUGAAUUGUCAUAUUUAUUCCCUUUUUGUUCCCUAUAAAAAUAGCUUUUUGCAAUGCUUUCAGGAACUGCAUUAUUCAAUAGUACAUGUAAAUAUGGAAAAUAUUUUUCUACUUGUAUAAUUAGGAAUAUAUGCACGAUUUACACAUGACAUUUUGAUAUAGAUACAUACAAUCAAAUUUUUUUAGAUUGGUUUUGAUUUUGUAUUUAUUUUUGGUUAGAGGAGUCCAACGCAUCGGAAUAAGUUAGAUUUUUUUUCGUUUAUCCGAUAGCAGAAGAAUAUUCCAAGUAGAUAUACAUAGUGAUAGAACUGUAUACAUUUUUUUUAAUGUACUUUUCAUGUUUUCAAGUACAUAUGCAUGCAGAACUGUACCUUUUCAAAACAUCCAAGCUAGGUAAAGUGUUACAUUGAAUGCUUUAAUAAGACCUGUCAAAAUCUUGUCAUUUCUACUGGCAAUAAAAUUUAAAAAACUGG